AUGACGGCCAGACCCAAACCCAGACCCAAAUCCAAAACCAGACCCAAACCUAGUCCCAGACCCAGAACUAGACCCAAACCCAGACCCAGACCUAGUCCCAGGGCCAGACCCAAACCCAAAACCAGACCCAAACCUAGUCCCAGACCCAGAUGCAAACCCAGGCCCAAACCUAGACCUAGACCCAGACCUAGUCCUGAACCCGAACCCGCCUGGCAUGGCGGUGGCAGGGCUGGCUGUGGUGGCACCCAAACAUAG